GCUAACCCAACUGUUGAAAAAAAGAGCUUCGUCUGUAUCUAUCUCUCCUUGAGACUCGGUCCCUUCCCCUUCCUACUUCUACGAGAUAUAUCAAUACCCACUUUACAAAAGCAUCAAACUAUAUGUUAUUCUGGUUUCCAUGAUCAGUUCUUUUGCACCACUUUUGUAUUUGCGGACAAACCAAGAUGGCUUCCUUAAAACUGGGUUCUAAAUCUGAGGUCUUUCAUCUAAGUGGUCACACAUGGCUUUGCUCCACUGGUCUUAAACCUGAUGUAAUGAUCCAUGUCGCAGAACAAAGCUUCCAUCUCCAUAAGUUUCCGUUGUUGUCGAGAAGUGGAUAUCUAGAAACUCUGUUUAGCAAAGCCUCCGAGACGACCUCUGUUGCUCAGCUUCAUGACAUUCCCGGUGGACCAGAAACGUUCUUGCUUGUCGCCAACUUCUGUUAUGGUGUAAGAAUUGAGGUCACUCCUGAAAACGUAGUCAGUCUCAGAUGUGCAGCAGAAUAUCUCCAAAUGAGUGAAAACUAUGGAGAUGCAAAUCUCAUCUAUCUCACCGAGAGUUUCCUCAACGAUCACGUUUUCGUGAACUGGGAAGAUUCCAUCAAAGCCUUGGAGAAAUCAUGCCAACCUAAAGUGUUACCUCUGGCUGAAGACCUUCACAUUGUCUCUAGGUGCAUUGGUUCUUUAGCCAUGAAGGCUUGUGCAGAGGACAAGACAAGUUUUUUCAAUUGGCCAAUCUCACUUUCAGAAGGAACCCCUACUACUACUACUACGUUCUGGAACGGAAUACAAACAAAGGCCACGAGCGACAACUGGUGGUUCAACGAUGUUUCAUCAUUCCUCGAUCUCCCAAUGUACAAAAGGUUCAUCAAAACAGUUGCGUCCAGAGGCGUAAAAGCCGAUACUAUAGCAGCAUCUGUUACUCAUUACGCGAAACGAAACCUUCCUUUACUCGGUUGUUCUAGGAAGUCUGGUUCUUCCUCAGAGGAAGGGACUACUUAUGGAGAUGACAUGUACUACUCACAUGAAGAUCAAAGAAGUCUCCUUGAGGAAAUCGUUGAACUUCUCCCUAACGAAAAGUGCGUUACAUCCACCAAAUUCUUGCUCAGGCUUCUCAGGACAUCCAUGGUUCUGCACGCCAGUCAGGUCACUCAGGAGAAUCUGGAGAAGAAAAUUGGUGAGCAGCUAGACAAAGCUGCUCUAGAGGAUCUGCUAAUACCAAACAUGGGAUACUCAGCUGACACACUCUAUGAUAUCGACUCUGUCCAGAGGAUUCUGGAUCAUUUUAUGUUGAUGUUUGAUUCGAGUAUCGUCGAGGAGAAGCAGAUUAUGGGAGAAUCUGAUCCUCUCAAGUCCGUCACGAAGGUUGCUAGUCUGAUGGACGGCUACUUAGCAGAGGUCGCCUCAGAUGCGAACUUGAAGCUAUCCAAAUUUCAAGCACUUGGUGCUCUAAUCCCGGAAGAUGUGAGGCCAAUGGAUGAUGGUAUCUACCGUGCAAUCGAUAUAUAUAUUAAGGCUCAUCCAUGGCUGACAGAGUCGGAGCGAGAGCAACUGUGCCUGCUGAUGAAUUGCAAGAAACUGUCAUUGGAGGCAUGCACACACGCAGCACAAAACGAGCGUCUACCAUUGCGUGUCAUAGUACAAGUAUUGUUCUUUGAACAGAUGCGGCUUCGGACAUCUAUAGCAGGAUGGUUCUUUGGCUCGGACGACAACAAUGACUCGAGCAGCGGCGCUUUAGAAGGACACAAGAUCGGAAACGCAAAUAUGGUAAUGCACGGGAUGAGAGAACGCGUUUACGAGCUUGAAAAAGAGUGCAUGAGCAUGAAGCAAGAUCUAGACAAGCUUGUGAAGACCAAAGAAGGACGCAACUUCUUCUCAAAGAUAUUCGGAUUGAGGUCUAAGACUAAGACUUCACCCUGCAGCAAAGGAGGUGAUCUAAUGGUUCCUGCAACCAAGAACUGAUAGAGAAGAAGAGGAAUAACUAAUAACGAUAUUACACUAUCUUUACUCUUUAGGCACUUUGGUUCCUUUUCUUCUUGAAUUCACAUGUUUUGGACUCUUUCAAAGUCGUAGUAUUUUGAACCUGCAUGAUAUUUUUACAGUUAUUUUUA